AGGCAUUCCAGCGCGCCCUGUCUACGAGGCUAGCAAAUGGGCUUGAACAGGAGAUAGCACAGGCUCCGGAAAGCUCUCCUACCCCACCCGCUUUUGUGUUUACACAAAACGCUCAAUUAUUUCCUUCUGAAACAGAGGCCAGGUCUGUUCUCAAAUACCAAGCUUUGGAAGAGGUAUGAUUACUUAAGCGAGUUCAGGAGGCCUAGAGAAGGGCAAAACAGUACCUUUAUAGACUGCAAAACAUCCCCGAAAACGUGAACAAUCAUCUUUGAAGGAAGGUCCAGACUAUGUAAAGGAUUACUUGCCUAAAGUUCAUCAACACACUUCCUAUGUAGGAGAACAGCAUCCAACAUUAGAAAAAACUGGAGAUCUCAGAUAUUUAUGGAGGCCUGCCAUGAAUAGAAGCUUCCCAGCAAAAUAUAAACAUGAGUACGUUGGUGAAAUUGGCUGGGGAGUAACACAGUAUAAUUUUAUCAACAAAUCAAGACUGGAGAGUGGCUUUCAUAUCAAGUAUGCAGAACUAAGUCAAGCUUCCCUUGAUGCAAUAACCCACAGAUAUCAAAACCCAUGGCAACCAAAACCUCAUGUCCUGGAUAUGCAAGGAAAACACAGUCGUGCCUCUUUUGCCUGGCAUAUGAGUGAUUUUGAGGACACUGAUCGGAGAGAUUCCAAAUGGGCUACUCUUGUUAGGCAGAGUAAGUCACUAACGCCAAGAACUUCCGAGCUGUCUAAGCUGCCGAAGCUACCAAAAAAGGAAAAGAAAAGGAAACAUUAGCCUCUAAAUCAGCAUAACUCAACCUGCUUCUAGAAGGAAAAACUGCCUACAACUGUAGAAUGAAAAAUAAGAUCAUAAAAAUCCAUAAAUGCUUCUCAUAUUGCCCCAGGAAAGAUGUCUUACAAAAGUAUGCUUCAGCUUAAAAUACAGAGUUUGGAAAA